UGUGUGUGUGUGUGUGUGUGAGAUACUGUUAUUUCCUGACGUGAUGUGAGUGUAUGUACAGUUCAGAGCAAUCAAUAACUUCUACUGUUACACGCAUAUUGGAAAGGCCUGAAAUGUAAAGGAAGACUGUGGUGGAAGCUGUUUCUGUGAAGGUGAAUGUGAGACCGUUUGUUUGAGGAUGAGCUCAGGGAAGAAGUGGAGGCAGGUUUUGAUGGAGGACCAAACCCAGGUCAAACCUGCCCAGGUUUGACCUGGGUGCUUUCAUCAGUGGCCGUCAUGGUGAUGUUUGUCCUCACAUCCUCCUCCAGCGCAGGGAGGAGGCGACAGCUUCUUAUUGUCCAGGAGCAGAACAAGGUGCUCACUGAAAAUGGCCAGUUCAAUCAUCCAAACGCUGCUCCGAUGGCAACCAGCUGUCUCUGUUGCUGUGGUAACCCUCGUAAGAGUGAUCAGGUUUCUGUGGUAACUGCUGACUUUGGCUAUUUUUGUCUCCUGAGCUCUUUGUUGGCUGGAAGUUAAACAAGCCAACAGGAGGCUUGUUUAUGAUAACGGCAUCUUUAAUGGAUCUGAUCUGACCUCCGACUCUAAACCUUCACACAAUAGGCGCAUUUCACAUAAACUAACAUUGUGUCAAACAGAAAUAACUGAGGUCUAUCUGCAGGACACAGUUCAGUGUGGAUAAAAGCAAACUUUGGUUGGUGACACGAGUGACAGCUUCUUUAAGGACUUGACUGAGGAGCCUGUUUGUCCUUUGCUGGUGAUGAAAUAAACAAUUCACGCCAAUGUUUAUCUGCUGCUUCACCAGAGGAUGAUUUGAGCCAAAAGGAAUUUUAUAACCAGCGGUUGUCGCCGUAGAAACCAUGGAGCAGCUUUUUGCAUUCGUUCAUUCUUUUCUUUUAAAUCUCAGCUACUAGUGAUGGAUUUCUGGCAUCUGCAGCAUCUUUCAGACUGACCAUACAUGGUUCUGAAGCUGGUUGCAAAGCUCCUUCUAUUGGGACCAGCUCCCGGGCCAUUAGCCGCUGCCAUCCAUAACCUCAGCAGUGCACAGCCCGUGCCAACAGUAACAGAGUUGAGACCCUUAACUUUUAAUGAUCACAGGCUCGGACGGGACCAAAGGGAGGGGGAGCAUUCUGGCCCUCCUCAAUUUAAUCACUAGGGAUAUUUCUAUAUUUUUUAUGACUAGUAUUUUAUGUGGCUGAACAUGUGAACUGAAGCCAUUUCUGGAAUUUCUGAUUUUCAACAAAAUAAACUGCAAACAAAAAGAACAUCCAGAGAAUGUUCUUAUAGACGUCUGACUCCAGCUGCCUCUGGUGCCUCUAUCAUAAACCUUUAGUACAAUCAUCACCUUUCUGACAGCUAUAACCUAAAACCUGGGUAGAAUUAAGGGGAGAGCUGCUGUUUUGGAUCCAACAGAGUGGAAUCAGGGCUUUGCAAUUAGCGAGGUCCCCUCGAAAAGAGGAGGUCUGACGGCUCAGGACGGCUCACGGACUCUUUUGUCAGAGUCCAGCAGAUUAGUCAGACACUGAGUGGGUGAGGAGGGGAAUGAAAACAGCAGCGUUCCCGGUGAACUCCUUCAGUCCUAAUCAUUACAUGUGCUUGGCUCCUGGUGGGCAGCCUGCAUGAAAAGGACUGAAUAUGAUUAACACUCCAGGCUGCGUGCUGUGGACAGAAUAUCAUUUGGCUGAUGCAGGCCUUUCUGCUUGGACAGCAUUUAAUAGUGGAUUUAAGGGCCAGGCCCUGAUGGAGUUACAACAAAAGCAGAGCUUGCGAUUUGAAAAACCCGUCUCCUGACGGAACAAAGACGCUGUGUAAUUUCUCUGUUCAGUCGCUGUUCAAAUUAUAGCUCAGCCAUGAAAGAGGAAUAAAUUACAGACGGUCAUUAAACGGUAUUUACUGUUUUUGUGCUGUCAUCACGUUGGUGUUUUUACUCUAACAACCAGCGUGCAGCUGUUUGUCAGCUUCUGGUAGCAGGAAGUGGAAAACACCUGGAUGGGAACGCGCCGUGAUGAGCCAUCGCAGUAAUGAGGAUCAUUUAGCACGACUUCACUCUGAAGGAGCCGCUCUUAAAGCAUCGUCUUCCUUUUACUGCUGAUCUCAGCAGAGUUCGGUCUGGGCUCUAGUUGGCGCCGUUGGCUGAGGAGCAGGUCCUCACGCGGCGCCUGGUGAAAACGCGCAUUCGUCUUGUGGAUCUUCAAGGAAGUGCAGUGACAACUGAAUGGGUUCAUGGGAUCUCGCGGAGUAAAUCAGCGCAUUUGUCAUCAUCAUGUUCAAAGCGGUAACGUGGAGCUGCAGCUAACCUUGUCAGCCAUUUAAUUUCACCGGGCUCUUUUCCAUCCGCUGAGCUCAAGAAGGAAGGGAGGUGCUGCUGAGGGGCUCUGGAGCAAGGCACGCUCGCCAGGGGCAGUCACGCGAUGCUGGGAAGGAACGUGUUAGUUUGCACCGAUGUUAAGAUCUAAUGCACAAACACACACAUUAGGACUGAAGUCGUCAGAACUGCCCGGGUUUUAAAUCUGCACCAGGCAGCCUCCAUUCUCCUGUAAGGUCAUUUGGGGGUUGUCAUGGUUACCUCAGCAGGAAGAAACUAAGGAGCACCCUGCCCCCAACCCACCUUCAUUAAAAUCCAUGGUAUUGAUUGGCUGGUGUGGUGUCCACCCCCCCCUCCCCCAGCCCCACGCUUUGCUGGGUUUCCAGAGGGAGAGCAGGACGGAGCUGGAGCACAAUUGUGUUGGGCUGCUGUCACUCACAGGCAGCAGCCAAUCAUGGAACAGCAGAACAUGUGCUCUAUGAACGACGGCCGGCCGCUCCUCACACUGCUGCAUGCAUGUGGAGCGGCCGGGGGGAGACGUCUGCACUGCUUCAGGGAAUGGAGGUAAGCAUGUUUCUCAACACCCUGACACCCAAGUUUUACGUGGCUCUGACGGGCACUUCCUCCCUCAUAUCAGGACUUAUACUGAUCUUUGAGUGGUGGUAUUUCAGAAAAUACGGGACCUCGUUCAUAGAGCAGGUGUCUGUGAGUCACCUUCGCCCCCUGCUGGGAGGCGUUGAUAGCAGCACCCCCAGCAACUCCAACAGCACCAAUGGAGAGGCCGACUCCAGUCGGCAGAGUGUGUCGGAAUGUAAAGUGUGGAGAAAUCCGCUGAAUUUAUUUCGGGGAGCUGAAUACAAUCGGUAUACGUGGGUAACGGGUCGAGAGCCGCUGACAUAUUACGACAUGAACUUGUCGGCACAAGACCACCAGACGUUCUUCACCUGCGACUCAGACCACCUCCGGCCUGCCGACGCCAUCAUGCAGAAAGCGUGGAGGGAGAGGAACCCACAGGCUCGCAUCUCUGCAGCACACGAAGCUCUGGAGCUCGAAGACUGUGCGACAGCCUACAUCCUCCUGGCGGAGGAGGAGGCCACCACCAUCAUGGAGGCCGAGCGCUUGUUCAAGCAGGCGCUGAAGGCUGGAGAGAGCUGCUACCGCCGCAGCCAGCAGCUGCAGCAUCACGGGACGCAGUACGAGGCCCAGCACAGACGGGACACCAACGUGCUGGUGUACAUCAAGAGGAGACUGGCCAUGUGCUCCAGGAAGCUGGGCCGAACACGGGAGGCCGUGAAAAUGAUGAGGGAUUUAAUGAAGGAGUUCCCUCUCCUCAGUAUGUUCAACAUCCACGAGAACCUGCUGGAGUCGCUACUAGAGCUCCAGAACUAUGCCGACGUCCAGGCUGUUCUGGCCAAGUAUGACGAUAUUAGCUUACCCAAAUCUGCAACAAUAUGCUACACAGCAGCCUUGCUCAAAGCCAGGGCGGUGUCAGACAAGUUCUCCCCAGAGGCAGCGUCCAGACGAGGGCUGAGCACAGCGGAGAUGAACGCAGUAGAAGCCAUUCACAGAGCGGUGGAGUUCAACCCCCACGUCCCCAAAUAUCUGCUGGAGAUGAAGAGUCUGAUUCUCCCUCCAGAGCACAUCCUGAAGCGAGGCGACAGCGAGGCCAUCGCCUACGCCUUCUUCCACCUGCAGCACUGGAAACGGGUGGAGGGGGCGCUCAACCUGCUGCACUGCACCUGGGAGGCCUUCAGAAUGAUCCCGUAUCCCCUGGAGAAGGGUCACCUGUUCUACCCCUACCCCAUCUGCACAGAGACGGCCGACAGGGAGCUGCUACCCACAGUGUUUCACGAGGUGUCAGUUUACCCCAAGAAGGAGCUGCCCUUCUUCAUCCUCUUCACGGCCGGCCUCUGCUCCUUCACCGCCAUGUUGGCUCUGCUCACGCACCAGUUUCCUGAGCUCAUGGGAGUGUUUGCUAAAGCGUUUCUCAGCACGCUGUUUGCUCCUCUGAACUUCAUCAUGGAGAAGGUGGAGAGCAUCCUGCCGUCCAGCCUCUGGCACCAACUCACCCGCAUCUGACCUCCGACCCAACUGGACCAGACAACAGAACCAGGAGCUGACCACCACCCAGACAGAAACAGCUGAACUGAAACUCAGAACGCUGCAUUGGACGGGACUGACGCACCUUUGUGCCAAGAUCCAGGAGCUCAAAGCAAACGGAACACGAGGACGGCGGCAAGAACCGUGAGAACGGGAAGAAAACAGAGGAAUCCAGAUUUGGGUUUGACUUUAUUUGUUUGCAUUAUUUUGGGUUUUCAAUCAUUUAAAGCUGUUCUUUUGUUGUACAGAGAGAGGUGAUCGGUUGCCAUCAUUAAAACGUGAAAAAGACAAAAAAAUACAAUAAAGGACUUUUUGUGUAUUGCUGCAAA